UUGCUGAAGCCGCGCAGCCCGUGGGCUCUGGGUGAUCAGGUGAAGCCUCGGAGGUAACGGUGUCCGGAGCUGAGCAAACACGGCGCUUGGAGCAGGGGGAGCGGAGCAGAGCAGAGAGCCGGAGGUGCCGGGCUCUCCCCCUAAACCUGCCCUUUGAUCCAAGCGCUGCGCUCCGCUUCGAGCGCCCCGCGCGAAAACUGGCGGAGCUGCAGGGACCCUUGGAACAGACCCCGCGCCCCGUCCCAUCGCUCCGGUUAACCACCAUGUGCAAAUUGCAAUCUCGGUUAUAAUAAGAACCUCAGAGAAAAGUUGUUCUGUGAAGAGCAUGACUUCUCUGUAAACUGGGAUCCAUUGUGCAGAUCAUUGUCACGGAGUCCUUUCUCCAUCUGAUGAAAACCUGCUAAGAAAUGAUCCUGUUCCUCGUACCUGUUCAAGUCCCCUGGCUGAAAAGAACUGACCUGGGAAUGCCCAAGGUAUGAGAAGAGCCGUUGAGUUAGCAGUUCAAGAGGAUGUCUGUAAAUGAAGAGCUAGAGAGCAGGUUUUCAGCAACCACCAUGAUGGCCAUGAAGGCAAGUGAAGGGAGCCCAUUCAGAAUCAGCCCCAACAUUUCCUACAAUGCCACCUGGGACAAUGCUCCAGCUGCCAGUUCAAUGGAGGACAUGAUAGCCACUUGCACCAUCGGGACUAUCCUCUCCAUUAUGUGUGUGAUCGGUGUGACGGGCAAUGUCUACACCCUGGUGGUGAUGUGCCAUUACCUGAGAUACUCUGCUUCUAUGUACAUUUACAUCAUUAACCUUGCCUUGGCAGACCUGCUCUACCUACUCACCAUCCCUUUCAUCGUUGGGACAUACUUCAUCCAGGAAUGGUACUUUCGAGACGUCGGGUGCCGCAUCUUGUUCAGUCUGGAUUUCCUCACCAUGCACGCUAGCAUCUUCACCCUGACGGUCAUGAGCACAGAGCGCUACUUCGCGGUGCUGAAGCCCCUGGACACGGUGAAGAGGUCCAAAAGCUACCGGAAAGCCAUUGCCAUUGUCAUUUGGGUGGUGUCUUUGCUGCUCACGCUCCCAAUGCUUAUCAUGAUCCAGCUGGUGCAAAGAGACCGCAAAAGCAUCUGUCUGCCCACCUGGAGCAAGCUGUCCUACAAAAUCUAUCUGACCAUCCUCUUCUGUACCAGUAUUGUUGGCCCAGGGGUGAUCAUUGGAUACCUUUACAUUAGACUAGCCAGGACCUACUGGGUGUCCCAAACAGCCUCUUUCAAACAGACCAAGCGGCUGCCUAAUCAAAAAGUUCUGUAUCUAAUUUUCACGAUAGUGCUGGUCUUCUGGGCUUGCUUCUUGCCCUUCUGGAUCUGGCAGCUUCUCUUCCAAUAUUACGAAUCCUUCCCGUUGUCCCCCAAGGCCAUGAGGAACAUUAACUAUCUGACAACCUGCCUGACCUACAGCAACAGCUGCAUCAACCCUUUCCUCUACACCCUGCUGACCAAAAACUACAAGGAAUACUUGAGGAACAGGCAACGGUCUUUCAAUAGCAGCAGUGGGUACUUCCAGAGGAGGAAUCGAUUUCAGAGGAUUUCUGGGAGAUCCCUUUCCACAAGCAGUCAGCAUUGCACAGAGACUUACGUGCUCACUCAUGUUCCUGUGGGAAACAACAGUGCCUGAAGGUACAUCUCCAAGAAAAAAAAAUCAAUAUUGACUUCAGUAUUGUGUUGCUUGAAAGUGCAACAUUGUAAAGGCAAAGUCUUAACAGAUUCAUAAUGCAUUAACGCUGAGUCCAGAGAUUGUGCCAUAGCGAUCUGCACUCAUUUAUUUCCAAUGCCAUCAAUUUUGUUUCUCACCUGAAGCCUUUUGGUUUUUUCAUUCUCUUUUUUUUUUUUAUGGUGUAUUGAUGUAUUUCUCUCUCAUCUGUAAUGAUAACCUGUAACAUUGACACUUUUUUUAUGAUUACAGCUGUCCCAUAACAUUUUAAAAUUAAGUUAUUGAAAUAUUAGUUUAGAUGGUUUUAUGUUUUUUUAAGCAAUAAUGCUAGACUAGACAUGGCUGGUUGUAUAAGAAGUGAAAAUAGUACAAUUAAAG